UUAUAUCCGUUUCACACAGGUAAGAAGAUAUAAUUUGUCUGAUUGCAAUCUGGAAACGAAUUCCUAGGAGUGGUUUGGUUUAUCAAAGUCACAGCCGACGGGUCAUCGCCUCGGCUAACAUGCAAUUGAACUCAAGUUUUGUUGAAUGCAGUGAUUCCAGAUCGACGAAUGGCAUCUCGGUUGAGCAUCGGCUGCUACGGAGAACGAAUGUAGUGGUUAUAGACAAAAGUAGGCGUGGGCGAAACACACAAACAACCUGCCUGGGAAGACAGAAAAUGGGUGAUAUAUAUAUAUUGGCCAGCGAACAGCAGAAUCGACAGAUAUUUAACUAACGCGUAGUUGCCCACUUCGACCUUCGCCUUUUCAAAAUCUCUUCAUCAUGUUAAGAAUGAAAAUGUUGCGAAAAUGCCGCCGAAAUGUUUUUAUGUUCUUAAUUAUUAUCUUCAUUUACAUCUUUUUUUUCUUUACGAGGUGGAAUAUAAUACAUAAACCUAUCAGUGAUACUGAAUUUAACAGCGUUGGUGUCAAUGAAUACCAUAACAAGGGACGAUCCGGGCACUUUACCUCCGUACCAGCAGGCAGACAAUCAAAAAUAAACGUGAUUUUGAUAGCUUCUUGGCGGUCAGGGUCGUCAUUCACUGGUCAAUUAUUCAAUAUGCAUCAAGACAUUUUCUAUCUAUUCGAACCGUUGCGAUUUUUAGGCCAGGAGAAAGUCAAACAGGACGAAACCACAGAAGUACUGGAAGCUAUGUACAAAUGCGAUUUUGAAAACAGUCUAUUGAGUGAAUGGAUUAAACAAACUAAUAUUGAUGUUCUCCAUAGAGUGUCCAGCAACGCACUUAUUGAGCUUUGUCCGAAGGAGAUAACUCAAGGUGCCGACCCAGGACCAUGUACGCGUCGCAUAUACAAACAGUGUCCAGAUCUGACGCCCGAAAACGUCACUCAUGCAUGUAAAAAGUAUCCGUAUAAAUUUUUCAAAGUCAUUAAAUUAACAGACAUUAAAUUUUUAGAAGAAGUAGUAGUAAAGCACAAUGUAAAAAUUAUUCAUCUUGUGCGGGACCCAAGAGGAAUACAUUUCUCACGUCAGAAUUCUUACGAUGUACGAUACACUGUGAAUAACAAUUUGUUCGGCAUGUACUGGACUUGUCGACAUGUCAGUGAAAUUGUCAACUUAACAGACAGAGGGACCAAGUGGUUGCAAGGAAACUAUAAACGAAUUCGAUUUGAGGAUCUUUCAAUGCAACCGUUGCAAACAUCAAUACAGAUAUAUGAUUUUCUAAAAAUUCCAUUUACUGGAAAAAUAAAACAAUGGAUAGUUGAGAAUACAAUGAAAAAGAACCAAACAAAAACUACUAAGAAGAAGUGCAAUCAUAAACUGAAUAAAAAGUCGUCGGACGUUGCGCAUGCGUGGAGACUGAACUCAAACUUAACAACAGUACUGGAAAUUCAAAAUAUAUGUACGCAGGCAAUGCAAUCUCUAGGCUAUUUAAAAGUUAACACUGAACAAGAAUUGCGGGACAUUAGCUUGCCGGUUAUGCUCAGUAGGACCGAAAUGGAAGUACAAUAAUUUCUUUCAUUGACAUAAAACUCGUUACUCUUCAAGCAUAACAUCGAAACCAAUUGUCAAUUAACAACGUUAUUAUAUGUGUAUUAUAUUUAUUUCCUAAAUAAAAAAAAUAUAUAGAUACAUAUCAACUACUUUACAAAAUUCAAACAUUAAAAUUGAAAGAAAAAGAAAAUUCAUUGAAACGAGGAAAGUGUACAGAUUGCUGGUGAGUGAGGUGGCGGGCAUACCAAGAAGGAACGGAGUUCCCGUACAAUAAAUGUUUGGAAUUCACAAGCACUUAUCAGCAAAACGAAUAGUCACGCAACUAUUAAAAAGUUAUAUGAACGAUUCCUUAACAUAUUUCUUGAAUAAAUUAAAAUUUCCUUUAGGAACAGGCAAAGGAAGGGAAUUACGUUAUAACUGUGAGGUCUAUUGUACGAUGGAACAUAUAGGCUACAUUGAUAUACAUUGUGAUAUUGACAACAAUAUAUAGGCCUAGAUCAUAGCUUUAUGAAUAGACAAUAUCCAUUCCAAUAGAGACUUAUAUUUAGUUUUUUUAUGGGCGUCAUGAAAGACACCAUGCCGUUUAAACGAUGGUUGAUCAACCACUGAAGUUUUGAGAGUUAAUAUUUUGGUCGUAAUAAUUUGAUAGUAUGAAGGAUUUGUUAUUAAAAAUUUGGUGAAAAUAUAUUACCUAUGAAGAUACUGUAAUGUCAAGAUUAGGACCACUUUAGAUUAAAAUUUAAAAUUCCUA